AUGAGCAAGCUCAUCUCUCGAAAUUACAUGCUCAUCGAAUGUGAAGUAAGUAGCCUCUUAACAAAGAAUAUGAAGAAAGGAGUGACAGUAGCGGGAAUCAUAUCUUGCGCGGCGAUAUUUGUGUAUUUACUAUUCAUUGCACACGCUGUCAUUUCCACUUCUUUGGUUCAUCGCAUCAAUGAACGUAGGUAUUUCAAUAAAAGCUUUGAAGUAUUGCAUAAGUUCGACCGCGAAAGGGGAUUUGAUCUCAGUCGAAGGCUGCCGAAGCUUUCUACCAAUAGCUAUCUUGAGAACGAUGGGAAAGAAUUGAGCAGAGGAGAUUUGGAUCAGAACAAGAGAGAAAAUGCAACAUUGUUAAUGUUGGUACGGAAUUGGGAACUUGAGGGCGCUCUCAAAUCCAUGAGAUCUCUAGAAGAUAGGUUCAACAGAAAUUACAAUUACGAUUGGACUUUCUUAAAUGAUGUUCCGUUUGAUGAUGCGUUUAUCGAGGCGACAUCCGCAAUGGCUAGUGGUAAUACCUACUACGGCCUGAUACCCAGCUCGGAUUGGGACAAACCAAGUUUCAUUGAUGAAGAGGAACUUGAAAGUAACUUGCAAUUAAUGCAAGAAAAGGGAGUCAUUUACGGCGGCUCUAAAUCCUAUAGAAAUAUGUGCCGCUUCAAUUCUGGAUUCUUCUUCAGGCAAACACUUUUGGAUAAAUAUCAAUAUUACUUCCGUGUCGAGCCAGAGGUGGAAUACUAUUGUGAUUUCCCAUAUGAUCCUUUCGAAGUCAUGCGAAAACAACGCAAAAAAUAUGGUUUCGUUAUAUCGAUGUAUGAGUACGAGGACACCAUUCCGACUCUAUGGGAUGCGGUAGAAGAGUUCAUGGCAGACCAGCCCGAAAUGGUCGACUUUGAUACCAACAGUUAUGAUUUCAUUACUGAUGACAGCAUGAUCGGAUUAGAGAUGCCAAUAAUUCAAUCCAACUCGAAUUACAAUCUCUGCCACUUUUGGUCAAACUUCGAGAUCGGUGAUCUCUCGUUUUUCAGGAGCGAGAAAUACUUGAAGUUUUUUGAGCAUCUGGAUAAGAAGAAAGGAUUCUAUCUGGAACGAUGGGGCGACGCUCCGGUGCAUUCUAUUGCCGUUGCUCUUCUUCUUCGGCAAGACGAAAUAAUUCAUUUCGAUGAGCUUGGAUAUUACCAUAUUCCAUUUGGCACUUGCCCGUCUGCGCAUAAUAUCAGAUUACAACAAAGAUGUAUUUGCGAUCCAAACGCAGAGAGCAACAUCGACGUCAAGGCUCAUAGUUGUUUGGCUCGGUGGUGGAAGAGCGGAGGCGGGAAGUAUUUCAUGAAGCACAAGUCGUCGUCGACCGGCACUUGA